AUGAAUCCAUCUAGUAUUUGGUUUAAUGCUGUUCAAUUAUGUUUACAAGGUGCAUUCAUCGCUCAGUUGGAAUUUUAUUCACAAGAGUUUGUUGCUUAUUCGUCUAAAGGUAAUUCAAUGUUGCAAAUUCCAAUCGAAUACAAACAAAAUUAUCACCAAGAGGGCACACAUCACGGCUCCAUGUUACUUGACUUUACUUCCAUUGAUGUGAAAUCUGUCAAUUGCAACAAUCAAGACGCGUUCAAUUCUGAUCGUGUCAUUCCGGAUACAAUUACUCGUAGUGGUAUAGGAAGACCUUCUAUUUCAUUAACGAAGUAUCAUGAUCAAAAGUAUAAUUUAUCAGACGGGUAUUUAUGUGAUACUACAGAAAAUGAGACAACAACAGAUUAUGGUCCAACUCCAACUCCAACUCCAAAUUAUUAA